AUGAAAAAUGAAAAUAUAAAUUUAGAUAAAUGUAUGAAUCAAAAGAAGCAUGUUAUUACAACAAAUCAAAAUAUACUUAUGAAUACAGAUCAACAUUUACAUCCAAAAGAACGUUUCAAUAAAAUUAAAUAUAUUAUGGAAAUAGAUCAUAUAAGACAUGUAAAUAGAAAUGAAAACGUAAAUUCAGAUAAAUGUUUAAAUCAAAAAUAUGUUACUAAUACAAAUCGAAAAAUACACAUGGAUACAAAUCAACAUUUACAUUCAAAUGAACUUUUAAAUGAUAUUGAAAAUAUUGCUGAAUUAAAUGUAAAUAAGUAUGCCAAUCCACAUGAACAUUUAAUUAUGGUAAGAUUUUCUCUACAAUCAGUAAUAAUAGAAAGUAUACUAAAUAGGCGAUUACCUUAUCAAUAA